CAGGAGGACUUAAUCACCUUGGGAAGUUUACAGAUCCCACAGCCAGUCUCGGCCAGCAGGGAGCUCACUUCGUUCAGCUUGUCUCAGGUGCGUAAGGUCCACUGUCAACAUGUCUGACACAGAGGAAGUUGAGCAUACCGAGGAAUACGAAGAAGAAGCGGUCGAAGAAGUGCCUGUUGAGGGGGCACAUGCAGAGGAAGCCACUGAAGAAGAAGAAUAUGAUGAGGAGAAGCCAAAGCCCAAAUUGGCUGCCCCUAAGAUCCCAGAUGGUGAAAAAGUUGACUUUGAUGACAUUCAUAAGAAACGUCAGAACAAGGACCUGAAUGAGCUGCAGGCCCUGAUUGAUGCUCACUUUGAGCAUAGGAAGAAAGAGGAAGAGGAGCUCAUCGCUCUCAAGGAUAGAAUUGAAAAGCGUAGAGCAGAGCGAUCUGAGCAACAGAGAAUCCGAUCUGAGAAGGAUAAGGAGCGCCAGGCGAGACAGGCUGAGGAGAAGGCAAGGAGAGAGGAGGACAACAUAAAGAGGAUGGCUGAGGAUGACUUGAAGAAGAAGAAGGCUCUGAGCAAUAUGGGCUCUCAGUACAGCAGCUACCUGGCCAAGGCUGACCAGAAGAGAGGUGGCAAGAAGCAGACUGAGAGGGAGAAGAAGAAGAAGAUCCUGGCAGACAGGCGCAAGCCUCUUAACAUUGACCAUCUCAACGAAGAUAAGCUGAGGGAGAAGGCUAAGGAACUGUGGGACUGGAUGCACAGUUUGGAGUCCGAGAAGUUCGACUAUGGAGAGCAGCUGAAGAAGCAGAAGUAUGAGGUCAUCUCACUCAGAAACCGAAUUGAUGAGCUGCAGAAGCACAGCAAGAAGGGCGCAGCCGCCCGCCGCAGAAAGUAAGCGGUCUGACUCCGAGCCUUCAGCCCAAGUAUGCACCCAACCCACUCCUCAAGCUUGGACUGUGGCAUUACAGGACCCCUGCUGGCCAAAGCUAUCCAGACAACAGCUAGAUCCACGACAUGGAAACGAGUCACACGACUGUCUUAUUCACUGUUUCCUGUUGUAUCAAGUGCAACAAAGCCACAUUUAUUGCCUAGUGUAGUUCCCAUGUUCUCUGCCAUCCUGCAUUGUUGAGUAGUUCUCAUUUUUUGUAAAUAAAGCGUGACUAUUCUACUUCUGUCCGUAGACCUACGAUUGUUCGCACCGCAAUAAAAACCCUUCUCAAUGCUC